CCAGCUACCAGCUCAGAGACAACGCCUGUCACCAGCUCAGAGACAACGCCUGUCACCAGCUCAGAGACAACGCCUGCUGUAACUAGCUCAGAAACAUCAGAGACAACGCCUGUCACCAGCUCAGAGACAACGCCUGCUGUCACCAGCUCAGAGACAACUCCUGUCACCAGCUCAGAGACAACGCCUGCUGUCACCAGCUCAGAGACAACUCCUGUCACCAGCUCAGAGACAACGCCUGCUGUCACCAGCUCAGAGACAACGCCCGCUGUCACUAGCUCAGAGACAACGCCCGCUGUCACCAGCUCAGAAACAACGCCCGCUGUCACCAGCUCAGAGACAACGCCUGUCACCAGCUCAGAGACAACGCCUGUCACCAGCUCAGAGACAACGCCUGUCACCAGCUCAGAGACAACGCCUGCUGUCACCAGCUCAGAAACAACGCCCGCUGUCACCAGCUCAGAGACAACACCAGCUACCAGCUCAGAGACAACACCAGCUACCAGCUCAGAG